AUGACCGCUGCGGUUGUACGCCUCCCAGUCACGGCUUUUCUUGAGCACAGUGCCUGCCUGUGCCUGCCUGCAGUGCUCGAGGCAAGUAAAGUGCAAAGUCUAUCGAUUUUCGUUGUCUCAGGAUACGGGGACGCUGUCGCCCCAAAGGACACGGAGCGGAAUGACAAGCUCGCUGCUGGGUCCUCGGCCUGUUUCUUGGGAGGAAAGAGCCUGAGAUGGCUUGCGCCUGUUUGCGCCCGUUCCAUGUUGGCCGGGCAAGUUCGAUGCCUAGGUCCUGGAGCUCCACGCAACGGCGACGGGGUCCUACCCCGUGGAAUGACCUGCUGCGCUUGUCAGAGGCUCAGGAGCCUCUCACGCAUCAAGCUUGGAGGCAUUCGGAGGCCACGGGAGGGCCCGCGCCCAGGCGGCGGCAGAUGCGAAGUCGCGGACACGGGCAUGGUCGAGGCCAUCAAGGCCGAUGCCCUGCGGGAGAAGGUAGAAGCGGAGGCAUCUCGCACACUCGAGGCAGCCCAUCGGGAGAAGACCAUGAAGAAGUCUGCAAACCGCAGCAGGACCAUGCGCCAGCCGGUGACUGAUGUCGCCUCCCCGAGCGCUUCCACGCUCGCAGCAACUUCGACGCUCCCAGGUAGCGACGAAGCAGCUCUGGUGCGUACAAGCAGGGCAGACCAGCUGGAUGGACCCGAGGCCCGACGCCGAAUUGAGCUUCAGACCAAGUUCAACAAGGUGGAGGUCGUUCGGCAGGCCGAUCAGAAGUUCAUCCGGGAGCGCGCGGAGAAGGCCAAAACGAUGCGCGAUGAUCGCUUCAAGCGACUAGUGGAUGCGGUCUGCGACCAUGGAGGUCUGGCGAUGGAAUGCGCUGAGAACCUUGCGGCCUUUGAGCAGCGCUAUCAGCAGCGCCGGUGGGACCUCUAUGCCCAGUGGGAUGAACACGUAUCCCAUCCCAUUGCCAAGCAGGCCUUUGAUUACCUCAAUCCGGCAGACCGCAUGGCGCAGCAGAAGCUCAAUGGAUCCAAGUUCGUCAGCUGGAAGCUCCCUCAUGAGAGACAGCAACUGAAGCUGGAUGUCUCCAAGGACCCCGUGCAGCGGCAGCUACACGACACCGAAGCCGAGAAAGCCUUCCAUGAGGUUGCCGAGACGGUCCUUGGCCGCAGCCGCAGCUCCCCAGAGAUUCUGCGGCGCUCGGCCAUGCGAGAUCCGCGUGCGGUGGGCACGCGGGCCCUAAGCCGACCGGUUCUAGAGCCGAUGGACUGGGGCCAGCAGCAGCUGCAGGGGACCCUCUUCGGCCGCUUUGCGCAGGCCUGUGAGGAGGGCCCCAACUUCACGCGCGCCCGACGCGGAGGGACCAACGUCUUCAUACCCGAUGAAGCUGAUGGAAUCGAGGCGGCUGGAACGCGCUUUAGCCGCCUGCACGGCUAUCACGACAUGGGCGUCCUCCGUGGCGACACGGGGUCACAGGGUGAGACUGCGAAUUUCAAAACUCAUGAAGGAAGCUCUUCGGGCGCCCCUGGGCAAGAUCAUUUCACCUUCCAGCACAGCAAGGAGAUCACCGACCUCGAGUUCCCUUUGGGAAAGAAGGUCUUUCCAGAAUUCCACUGA